CUUUGAGAGCACAGGCUCCUUCUCCUCCUCCGAUUGCCGCCCCGCCACGCUCUCCGUCCCAAUCCCUCCACUGAUUUUCAAAUCUUUGAAUCCGCCAUAGCUCGUUUCGCACCAAACCCACCUGCAUUGUUGUGAUGAGGCCACACCUCGCUGCCGCCGCUUUCUACUGCUUCUUGUACAGAUAGAAAUAGUUCUGUAACGGAUUAGCUAGGCCUUGCAAGUUCGUUUUCUGAUUCCAAUCGUGAAGUCCCUGUGAUUAUUUGAGCUGAGAUUGCGAUCGCCGCUGCUUGUUUCCGUCUGUGGAAGGGUUUAGGCGUUUUGAGAGUGGUGCUGAAGACGGCGAAGUAAUUUAUUUGGAUAGCAUAUGACCGAUGAGAGUCGAGGUUUGAAUGGGAGAGAGAGUGGGAGUAAUAGAGAGGGAGAGUGUGUGUGUGUGUGUGUGUGUGUGUGUGUGUUUGUGAGUGUGACAAUUGAGAUUGCCUCAGGAUUGCGUUGAAAAAUGUAAACAGUGGGUAGUGUUGUAUUCGUGUUUUUCAGUUAAGGUAUGUGGGUACACGGCGUAGGAGCUCGAAAGUCAGGGUUUCGAGAAGAUUGUGGCGCCAUCUGUUUGCGAUGGUUGCAUCCGCGGUGUGCCGUGGCGUUCUGUAGCUGCGGCUUCAUUGGUCAUGUAGGAUCAGGGAAAACAUUUUUUCAUCGUCAAUUUCAGGGACAGGUGUUGGUCUGGUGUACACUUCAGUAUUGUUGUGGGCGACGUCAUCUUUGGGGGUUUGAGGAAGAAAGAUGCAGCAUCACCUUGUCAUACCUCUGCUCGUCGCUUUCCUUGCACUCGCAGAUUUUAACUCGUUGCUAGCAGUCUCGAAUCUGACGCCUCCCCUGUCCAUACCAUCUUUAAUUCCUGAUGAUGAUCUCGAAAUUGAAUUGCGACAUCCACAUGAUUACCUUGAAUUGGGUACAGGAGGUCCUCAAAUGGACCCAGGAGUCGAGAUUCUACAUUCAGGGCAGAUGGACUCCGAGAGUUUACCUGAUCCGGUGAUGUCAACAUGGAACGAGCAAGUGCUGGAAUUCGAUGAGCUUACGAAGUGCAUCCGAAACAGUGAAACGGGUAAUGCUAUUGAGAGGUGGUUGGAUUGUUUGGAAUCCUUUGAAGAAGUCUCCGCAACUGAGUCUCCAACCCACGAACCCUUAGAAUCGCAGCACUCGGGAACCAGCACGGAUAAAUCGAGCAGUCAUGUGAAGGUGGAAGGUUCGCUUCAGUUCUCUGAGGAUUUAAAUAUAGGGACUUUUGAUCCGUUGGGGGGAGCCUCUAUGAAAGGCAGUCAUGCGGGGAGCUUUGAGAAGAAUUCAGGAAGUGUGGAAACUUCAGAGACUGUUGGGGAUAUCUUUACUGCAACGUCUGUUGAUGACCCUUUUUCAGAUGAGAAACGAAUUUUUGGUGGUGCCCCUGUGUCAGAGGUUCAUGAAUCUAGUGCCACUGCAGCUUCUGAUUUAAGUUCGCAUUAUGGUGUGAAGACUGAUGAGGUUGACCAUCUUCGACCUCCGCCAUCUCAUAGCGAAAUGUCAGAGGAGACGGAGAAAUCUCAAGCCUUGCAUGGAAACUGUGUUGGAGCGGGUACUAGUGCCGAUGGAGGUGCAGCAGAUGCUAGGAGUUCAGGCUCGAAAGGGGAGGCUGACACUAAUGGUGUCUCAGAUGAUUCAGAAAACCUGCAGUGCAAUGUACCAAAAGAGGAUGUUGACCACAUCGAAGUACCUACUGAAACUGCGACUUUUACGGGACGGACUAAGAGAUUGCAAAACGUAAUGGACGCGUUGAAGCUGGCUGCAUGUCUUGGUGUUGCUGUAGCGCUGAUUUGGAGAAAGAAACGAAGGGAAUCAGAUUACGAAAAAGCGCAGCAGUCUCUUUUAAGUGAGCGGAUUGAGGAGUACCCGUGUCCAUCUGCUUCAGGUUUUUCAAUGACUGGCCGCGCAUCGUCAAAUACCGACAUGGCUUAUCCCAACGUGAAAGCUGGAAGCCUGUCAGCACCUCUUGGAAUGGCGAUAGCUACUGUUAUGGCCGAGGUGCUGGAGCAGGAUCCUGUCAAUAGGACGCCGCGAACAGCAGAUAAAUUAUCUAGGCUACUUGAGGCGGCAAUGACCGAAUCACUUUUGCCGGUAAUGGGCAGUGGAUGCCCAGGAUUCGUGGAGCAAUUCAAGCAGUCUUUUAACAGUACCUAUCGACUUCUUCGAACUGUUCGUAACGCUUCCAGCAGAAGUCAUGCACGUCCUUCACUAAAUCAGAGUUGGAGUCUUCCUCUAUGGCUUACUGACGCACCCUCCAGGGGUUUAUUUCGACGAACAGAUGAUGAGGAGGAUGACAGUAGCAGCUUAACAAGUUUUUCCAGAGAGGCAUAUAUGGAUCCAAUAUUUGGGUCUGAUUCUUUUGGACGUGGAAGUGCUGACUCUGCAACACAACUUACAGAGCAGUUCAGUAAGUUGAGUGUCUCAUCCAAAAAACCUGAAAAGGUGGCCAAGAUCAUGCAUACUGGCAGAGUCUCACCAGGAUAUCCUUCCAAGAAUAGGCCCUUUUUAUGUGAAUAUUCCAGCCCUCUUAAUCAGGACAUAUCUGGGGAAUUCGGCGAUGUGAGUUCUAGUCUGAGAUAUACAUCUGCAGGGUUAUCAGAACACGACACAGUAGAACGCAAACAAAAUUAUGGGGGAUCUGAGGUGCAUGAAAAUGGUGCUAGGAGUAAAUGGGGGAGGGGUGGAUUAGAGCAACUCGCAAAUAUAUGGGGUAUAGAGGAUGUAGCUUCUCAAUCAGCGAGUCAGCAAAACAGCAGAGACCACGAAGGAAGUGCAUGUAUUGAUCAACGACUUGCAAUGCAGCCGUUUGGAGAUCCGCUACCUGGACAGCUUGCUGGUGCGUCUGAGACGGGCCUUUCGCACUUAGGCGCAACUCAAUAUCAGCAGGAGAAGGUGCUGCUGAGGCGACAGGAGAUGCAUCUGAGAAAGAUGGAGCUUACUUACAAGUUUCGGGAUCUCCACUUGAAGGAGGCCAAUUUGCACCUUGCAUCUGAGACCAAUAGUCUCAUGAGAGAGGAUGUGGGUCUAAGCCGUAACAAGAUUGACCUCAAAGAAACAGAGUUUCAGUAUCGGAAGUUGUCAACUGCUUACGCGGACUUUUCAAGGAGAUGUGCCGAUGAAAUGGUGGCAGGGUUGUGUGUAAUGCUCUGUGCUCUCUUCUUUGGCGCGUGGAGAUAUUCCUAUGAUCAUCUUAUUAAUGUGGUGUCGGUCUGUCAACCCAUUGUUUAUGAGCCCAGCAACUCGUAUGUUCCUGGAUUGAGCAUGAUUGUCAACUUACUCAACCUCAUGACUUCGCAACUUCUCAUGCUCGUGUGUGAGGUCACAGUGGCAGCCCGGAUGUUCUUGGGGUUGGGAGUCAUCUCUGUCGUUGCAGUCUCGUUACUCCGCAAGAGUGUAAGCAGCAGCAGCCAGGCAAUGCCCGCAACCAUUCUCAUUGUCGUUUUAGGCGGCAUUUGUGGGGUGGCAGGAAAAUUUGCUGUGGAUAGCUUGGGUGGUUCAGGUUAUCAUUGGCUACUCGUGUGGGAAACAUUCUGCCUUGUGCACACAUCUGCAGCGUGCUUCACGUCAACCUUGUAUCGAUUUUUGAAUGGAGCCCCUCUCAGUGCCACUAGCCGAAGUCACCAACAGCCUUAUUACGUGAAGCCAUGGCUGCGCCGCUUAUGUUUCCAUGUGGUAAUAGUGUUGGUCUUACCGACUCUGGCAGGGCUUUUCCCUUUUGCACGCGUUCGAGAUAUUGUGCUUGUACUUGGUUCUAAUCUCUGGAACCUUGUGUAUUCGCCUGUGGAAUCGCAGAUCAGGAAAUGUUGUCACUUUCUUUUCUUGUAGUUUUAGACACGAUUUCAUGUUGGUUGGGUAGGAACAUCUAAGUUCAAAAAAGAAUUACUUAUAAUUUUUUUUCACUCUCCUGUGUUUUCACUUAUGAUUGUACAGCUCAUUCGUUCAGUUAACCUUCUAUGUCUUGUCUUUCUCUAGUAUAGCAACUAGAUUGAUGUAAAUCAAUUCCUCUGAUAUCCUGUCCAAGGGGGAUGGGUCAAUGUAAGGAUUCCGAGUAGCCUCUCAGCAGUUGGAUCACAUGAUGAGGCUUUCCCUUGGAGUUGGGUCAUGACAUGAUCUGUCCUGAGCCUUUUGACGAGCGUUUUCAGGGCCAGCAUACAAAACAUGACCCAUUUUCUGGUUUUGUAAUAUUUGGGUUACUAAAUUCUAAUUUCAAAGAUUUGAGGUUCUUGAGCGAA